AUAUGUAUCUACAUACCAAUUUUUCUGAUGGCAGUAAUUGGAAAUAUCUUUGUUUUGAUCGUCAUUUUACUCAAUCAGAAGAUGAGAAGUAAUUCAGCUAAUUACUUUCUGGUCAAUAUGGCCAUUGCUGAUAUUUUAGUUGCUGUAUGCUGUAUACCAAUGACGGUAGCGGAGAUAGUUUAUCAAGUAUGGAUUUUUGGAGAAUUCAUGUGUAAAGUUACUGGAUAUUUACAAGGUAUUUAUGUGGGAGCCAGUGUUCUAACAAUCGUCUGUAUGAGUGUGGACAGAUUUGUGGCUAUCAGAUAUCCAAUGAAAAGUCGUCAAAUAUUCACCGUGAAAAAGACAAAGCAAUUGAUCCUGACUACGUGGCUACUGGCAAUUGGAGUUAUGGUUCCUUUGAUAUUGGUCAGGAAGCUGGACGAUUAUAAUCUGGUGGUCAAUGACCUGUCAAUCAGUUAUUGUGUUGAACAAUGGCCGAGUACAGAAUACAGACAAAUUUACGACGUGUUUCUGUUCUGUUUUAUCUAUAUUAUACCCGGAGUAGCUGUUAUGUUGCUGUAUGCGUUAAUCGGGUGCAGACUGUGGGUGAAAGACACUAGUUUGUCGCGCCAGAAUUCCUACAUGAACAAUGAAGUUAAAAUUAUGAUGAGCAGACGCCGACUGGCACUAAUGAUGAUCAUAAUAUCUGUGUUAUUUGCUGUCUGUUGGCUGCCAUAUUAUAUAUUAAACUUAUUAAUGGUGUUCAGUCCCCGGAUAUCAAGAAAAGUUAUUCCCCUUUAUCCUUUCGCGCUACUCUUGGGACAUUCAAAUAGUGCGCAGAAUCCAAUACUGUAUUGUUUUAUGCACCGGAAGUUCAAGGAGUGUAUCUUUAGAUUGGUGAAGUGUCAGUGCCGU